AUUUAGAUUGUUUUAAUUCUGAGUAAUGAGAUCAGUUCGUAGACUCAACAAAAUAAAAUUGGUUUAUUCUUUCCAAUUAGUUGAGUACAGUAAUGUUUAUUGUUGGUAAUGAAAUGUGAAUGGGUAGUUGUGUGUCUUGAGAGAGAGUACAAUUAUGUCCAUGCAAUAAUUAUAUGAAUCUUAAACUAAUAUUUUCUAUAUUGUUGAUCUGUUUAUUUAUUGCCAGGAGCACUCUGAUCUUUACAACUGAAUUGUUGGAUUCAUAACUCUAAUUGCUAGCUGUGCGUCAUUAUGGAUCGUAGUUGGAUGAGAGCUAAUCAAUUAAGUGAAGAGGUUGAUAAUGGAGUGAUGGAAUUUCUACAAUUUGCUGAACAAAAUCUUCCAUACAAUGAUGGACUUUUCCCGUGUCCUUGUGUUUCUUGUGCGAACCGGGAGCCAAACAUUACUAAGGAAGAAAUAAGGGGCCAUCUAGUUUGGAAUGGGAUUUGUCAAACUUAUACACAAUGGAUAUGGCACGGUGAAGCAAUAUUGCCAAGUGUAUCCCAAAGAGAGAACGUUAGUGUAGAUAUGGAUGAUCGACUGGAAGACAUGAUACACGAUAUUGGAGAAGAAUCUUUUAAGAGAGCGCAUAUGUACGAUACAUUAUGUAAAGACAAGGAAGAACCUUUGUACCCGGGAUGCACAGAGUUUACACGUUUGUCAGUUGUUUUAAAAUUGUUUAAUUUGAAGGCAAAAAAUGGAUGGAGUGAUAAAAGUUUCACUGAAUUGCUUCGAUUGUUGACAGAAAUGCUUCCAGAAGGUAACACAAUGCCGAAUCGUUAUUACGAGGCCAAAAAAAUAUUGUGUCCGAUGGGUAUGGAGUAUGUAAAAAUACAUGCAUGCCCUAAUGACUGCAUCUUAUAUAGAAAAGAGUUUGAAAAAAAUGAUCAUUGUCCGAAGUGCAACGUGUCACGCUACAAAAAGAAAGACGAUGAUUCUAGAGAUGAUGCGAGCACAAAGGGUCCUCCUGCAAAAGUGUUUUGGUACCUACCAAUAAUUUCAAGGUUCAAGAGAUUGUUCUCUAAUCCAAAGGACCCAAAGAACCUUAGAUGGCACACAGAUGAGAGAAAACGUGAUGGAAAAAUUCGUCAUGUAGCUGAUUCUUUGCAAUGGAAGAAAAUUGAUUCUUUGUUUCCAUCUUUUGGCGAAGAGAAAAGAAACCUUAGACUUGGACUUGCUACUGAUGGAAUGAAUUCAUAUGGUAAUCUAAGUAGUAAACAUACUUCAUGGCCCGUUCUCUUGAUAAUUUACAGCCUACCUCCUUGGUUGUGCAUGAAGCGUAAAUAUAUUAUGUUAUCGAUGAUGAUUUUGGGCCCAUAUCAACCAGGUAACGAUAUAGAUGUUUAUCUAAGUCCAUUGAUUGAUGAUUUAAGACUGUUGUGGGAAGAAGGAGUUGAUGUUCUUGACGCGUACUCCGGGGAACAUUUCAAUAUGCGUGCCAUGUUGUUUUGCACCAUCAACGACUUCCCGGCAUACGGUAAUUUGAGUGGGUACACAGUUAAAGGGCAUAAAGCAUGCCCUAUAUGUGAGGCUGAAACAUGUUAUCAUCAACUGAAACAUGGAAGCAAGACUGUUUAUCUUGGGCAUCGAAAAUUUCUAAACCGUUAUCAUCCAUAUCAUAAGAUGGGGAAAGCUUUCAAUGGUGAACCGGAGAUUGGUUUUGCUCCAAAGCCCUUGACCGAAGAGGAAGUUUAUCAACGACAACAAAAUGUGGAGUUUACCUUUGGAAAGAAAAAAAAGAAGCAUGUUGUGAAAAAUAUAUGGAAAAAGAGGUCGGUGUUCUUUGAGCUUGCAUAUUGGUCUAGUCUUGAUUGA